CCUAUCUCUUCUUGUUUCCCCGUCCCCUGUCCUCACCAAACUCACAACUCUUCUCCUCUCUUCUCUCUCUCUAACACAUGAGAGAACAAAAUCAUCAGCUCAAAAUCUCAGCCGUUGAUUACAACAACAUCGUCGCCAUCGUAGUAGUAGAAGAUGGAGAACACUCAAGAUUUCUCGCCGCCGCACAUGGAUGCUUCUCGGCCGUCACUAGGAUUCCCUCUAGGCACAGCUCUGCUUCUUAUUAUCAUUUUCAGCCUCUCCGGAAUAUUCUCUUGCUGUUACCAUUGGGACAAACAUCGUUCUCUCCGCCGCUCUUUAGCCAAUGCCUCCACCCGUCCCUCCCCCGCCGACAUCGAGUCUAAUCCUUACAAACCUAAACCCCCUUUUCCGGAAAUGAAGAAGCCUCAAAAUCUGAGCGUACCGGUACUAAUGCCUGGAGACAAUACACCCAAAUUCAUAGCAUUGCCGUGUCCGUGUGCACCACCUCGACCGGAGAAACUCACUGUCGAUGUUCAGACUCCACCGCAAUCACCUCCUGUCAAGCCGCCGCGUUUUCCCGUUCCUUUGUAUUAGAUUUAAUUUAGCUAUAAGAUAACCAAAAAAAAAAAAAGGGCCGACAAUGUCGAAAUAUCUCGUUUGAUGUACAUAUGGAUCAUAAAUUUUACAUUUUAAUUUUUUUUAUCACUGAUUAUUUAUUUUGUAUUCAGUUGGUAACAAAAUGGAGUGGUCUUAUUGUGCAACAAAGAAAAUAAAACAAGAAUCGCAUGA